GAUGGAUGAUUUCUUUGUUACACGGCCUAUCGGGCCUAAUCCUGGUAUUUGGCAUAACCAAUUUAAUGCCAACGUUAUCACCUCCGUUUGCAUUUUGAUGCUUACGACUUUGGUGAUAUACGUGGUAUAUCUAUAUCGUAGUCGUACUAGGCUUCCUGUGGGGGUUCGGAUGGUGCUUUUCCAAAAUAUUUAAGAUAUCCCGUAUAACGCGGAGAUGUGUUCAAUUUGUUUAGGUGAUUUUAAUGCCGGAGACAGAUUAGCUACCAUACAAACUUGUAAGCGUGUGUAUCACCGAAGGUGCAUUGUUCGCGCCUUGGCUUGAGUCCCUGCAUGCCCAAUUGGUCGAGCCGUCCCUUCAGAUGGAGAUGAUUGAGAGAACUAAUCCAUUAUUGAGAAGAGUAGGGAAAAAUAUAUUAAGUUUGUUGUACUGGGGCAUUGUGAUUGUGAGAAAGAAAAGAGGGGCGGGGGGCAUUGUAAUGUGUUUAGCUUCUUCUUUUUUUAAGUUAAUAAAAAUAUAUGAGUAAAUAUGUUUUGCAAAAGAUUUUUAUUGUAUGGGUUUAAGAGUGCUGUUAUUGUAUGUAGUAAGGUCUAUUUUUUAGAAUGAUGUUUAUGGUUGCUCAAAAAUCCGUUCCCUUCCAAAAUUUACUGGAAUUAUGAAAAGCCUAUCAGAACUCUAUAUGGAUGUGACUGCUAUUAAGAAACUAGCACCCUCAUCGAUCAAGUAUUUGACUGCUCUUACUUUAUUUGAUCUAAGUUACUGUGGAAAUCUCAAAUUUCUUCCAUGCAACAUGGAUAAUUUGAGGUCUCUUGAAAAACUCAUUAUUUCCGGAUGCUUAAGACUAAAACUGUUGCCAAGGCUUCCAUCAACUAUAAGAUAUAUAGAUGCUCGAUAUUGUUAUUCUCUAGAGCCAUCACCAGCACUAGUCAAACUUAGUAGCUUGUUACAACCUUACUCCCAGUGGUUUCCAUACAAUGAGAGCAGUGGUGGAGUGGCAUUUACAAUAUUAUACCGUUUCCUACAGGGACUCCUUUGUCAAAAAACUGUUAAUGAAACUUCUACCAAAAGGAAAGAGGAUGAGGGUGAAUCUAUAACUGAGUUUCAAAUAAUUAUUCACGGAUUUGACAUUCCGUCUUGGUUAACUCAUCAAAGUGUGGGGAAUUCAAUAAGCAUAGAGCUGCCUUCAAAUUGGUGUAAUUGUAAAUGGAUGGGAUUUGCCAUCUGUGCAUCAGCAUCAGCAUCAGCAUCAGCUAGUAAACCGAUAAGAAUUGGCAUUAGAGCUCGUGUGAUAGCCCUUGGUGAUACGCCUCAGAAUAACUAUGUCUCUAAACUUUUGUUUGGGAUGAUGCCUUGUGAGGACAACAUUUGGCUACUGUAUUUGUCUCGUGAUAAUUGGUUUGCUACUGUUGGGAAUGGCGAAUGCAGUCAAAUUAAGGUAAUAUUUGAGACCGAUGACUCUGCCCUUCAUGUAUGGGAAUGUGGGGUCAAUUUGUUAUACGAGCAAGAUGUAGACGAGUUCAACCAAACCAAUGCACAAUGUUUGAUUGAGAAGUUGAGAAGGGUUUAACCUCUUAAUUCACGGUGGGUGAUGAUGAUGAUGAUUGUUAUGAUUGCAGAAGAUGGCGCUCAUGUUCUGUUUGUACUUUGACUAUCUUUUUUUCAUAGGAUGAAUUUCAAUAGAGGCUUUGGCAAUUAGAUAUGUACAUGCAUUUCAAUCAGCAUGACUAUGUUAUAUUGAAUUUGUAUUUGGUUCGGGUAUAAUUAUUUAAAAGCUUGUUCAAGUGGUAUAUCUAUGCAUCUUGUUUCAAAAUGAAACUGGAGUUUAAAAUCCUUUUUUUUUUUUUUUAAGGGGAUCUAGGUCUUGACAGAUAAUGAGUUAUAUGGCUUUAGUAAUAAUAUUUCUCAUUGGAUGGCACACAAGCAAUACUUUAAGGUAAUUUUGUCACAUUUUGCUCUUCUAUGUGGAUUUGAGUUAAUGUCUAUGAGAUAGUGAGCUUUCAAUUUUUGAAGCAGAACUUUGAAGGUUAUAAUUUUCUAUCAAUCUAGCUAUAUUAUCAAAUAAGAAUUAAUUUUAAUAUUCAAGAGGACCUGUUAGUAGAUAUGCUCUAGGAAGCAUAAGCAUGGACACUUCAUUUGGGCUACUGUGUUCGUGUCUGACAUGUAUUGGGCCCCGGACACCUCUAGGACACACGGAUACCUACGGGACAUAGUUGUAGAACCUGUUUUGCCCCUUCUUCUGUUUUUUAGGUGGUGUAAGGUUUUAAAAGCAACAAGGAUAUUGUUUGUGAUGAGGUGGUUGGAUAUGAAGGUACUUUGGGAUUCAGUCACUAAUUUGGGAAGGCAUUUCUUUAGGCGGUUUGUUAUGGUUUUGGAGAUGAGUUUGUAAAUAACAUUGCAAAGGCUAAUAGGGUGGAAAUCUUUGGCUUUUUCCAGAGAUUUUAUUUUUCGUAUAAGGCAAAGGUAGGUGUGGUUAAUGUUGGGGGGCAUAAUACCUGAGUUUAAGACAGAGAGAGUUGCAGCAAUGACAUCAUGGCCAGUGACAUCAUCUGUUUCAGGGCUAGCUCUACCUCCACAGCAGUGUACUCUUUAGUCAACUCCAAAUUCAUUCCUGGUGUUACUUUCCUCUCUAUCCCCUGUUGAAUGACAUCAAAGAGCUUGCAAGUUCAGUUGAUGAAAUGAAAAGAAUAUUUAAUUGCGUGGAUCAUUAUGAAGCACUGGGAUUCCCUUGCCACAAGACAAUAGAUACAAGGAUUUUGAAUCAGGAAUACUGGAAGAAGGCUAUGCUUGUGCAUCCUGACAAAAAUAUGGGAUGUUCACAGGCAAGCGAAUCCUUUAAGAAACUCCAAUGUGCAUAUGAGGGUAAUCAGGACUAUCACUCUGAAGAGUUGAGACGUAUACAGUGCACCAAGUGUGGCCUUUCACAUAUACGGGUAUGCACCAGUAGGAGCAAGGCUAAGGCAAGAUGGUGUCAGGAUUGCUGUCAGUAUCAUCAAGCCAAGGAUGGAGAAUUGGAGAUGGAUGGGUUGAAUACGGAGGCUCGCUGGUAUUUGAAUGUCCUCAAAAGGUGGAAAUACCACGUGCUUUUGUCUGUGCUGAGAGCAAAAUCUUUGAUGUAUCAGAAUGGGCUAUCUGUCAGGGAAUGGCUUGUAGGCCCAACACUCAUCAGCCCAGCUUCCAUGUAAACAUGGAUGGCCUGGAGAAAACUCAACGAUCCAAGUCAUGCAGAUUCCCAUGGGAUUUGGAUACUGAAAUGAUGGAUGAAGAUGAAGAAGCAUUUGAGUCGUGGCUUCAGCAGGCUCUGGCUUCUGGACUCUUUUGUGAAUGCUCCAAACGCAGAAAGAGCUGGAGUCCGUUCAACUUGCAUUAUAUGAAAGGAAAGGAGAAGCAAUGGCACCGAAGAACGUCAUGCUGAAUUGUAAAGGGUAAAAGUUUUGUUUGCCCAUCACAAGGGGAUUGCUCUGAUCAAGGGUAAAAGUGAUGGAGUUUGUACAUGCGAAUCCUAGUAAUUCCAUCACUUUUGGUGGGCUUGGAAGGCUUAUAAUGGGUGACAUUGCUUUUCACAAUUGCAAAGAAUGUAGAUUGAUUAGAAACUUUUUUCUAUCCAUCUGAUUCUGAAAAAUAACGAAGUUUUUAGAGCUUUA